AUGGCGAGGGCGUCAGUAUCAGUAAUCAUAUACAUAACAAUAGCAGUCCUAAUCCUGUUGCUUAUCUCCCACUCCCCCAAAAAAGGCGGCAGCCAACGUCACCGGCGGCUGAAGCUGCGGUCCAACUUCACCUUCGCUCCUCCGCUGCACCACCACAACCCCAUCCCCUUCGACCCUCUCGUCGCCGAUAUCGAGCGCCGCCUCGAGGACCGCAAGUGGGAGCAGCAGCACUUCGAUCUCAACGACUCCGCCCCCGCCGCCGAGUCUCAGCCCGAGUGGGAAGACUUCAUGAACGCGGAGGACUACUUGAACGACGAAGAGAGGUUCAACGUCACCAACAGGUUGCUCUUGUUGUUUCCUAAGGUUGAUGUCGACCCCGCUGAUGGCUUCAUCACUGAGGACGAGUUGACUCAGUGGAAUUUGAAGCAGGCUCAGAAGGAAGUACUGCAUCGCACUCAAAGGGAUAUGGAGCUUCAUGACAAGAACCGUGACGGUUUUGUUUCCUUUGCCGAGUAUCAGCCCCCAAGUUGGGUGCAGAAUGCAGAUAACAAUUCGUUUGGCUAUGAUAUGGGUUGGUGGAAAGAGGAGCAUUUCAAUGCAUCAGAUGCAGAUGGAGAUGGUCUUCUUAAUAUAUCUGAGUUCAAUGACUUUCUACACCCAGCGGACAGCAAAAACCCGAAGCUACUUCAGUGGUUGUGCAAGGAGGAAGUAAGGGAAAGGGACACAGACAAAGAUGAAAAGAUCAACUUCAAAGAAUUCUUUCAUGGCCUCUUUGAUUUGGUGAGAAACUAUGAAGAAGAAAAUCACAAUUCCUCACAUCAGUUUGAUGAUUCGAUGGAGGCCCCUGCUAGAAAUUUGUUUGCUCAGCUUGACAAAGAUGGUGACGGAUAUUUGUCAGAUGCAGAGUUACUUCCUAUUAUUGGAAAGAUACAUCCAUCAGAACAUUACUAUGCAAAACAACAAGCAGAUUACAUCAUAUCACAGGCAGAUACAGAUAAAGAUGGGCGUCUAACGCUGACAGAAAUGAUUGAGAACCCUUAUGUAUUUUACAGCGCUAUUUUCAACGACGAUGAAGAAGAGGACUAUGAGUUCCAUGAUGAGUUCCGUUAA